CCCUUCCCCUCCUCUUUCUCUCUCUCCAUUAAUAAUCAUCAUCAUCAUCUGCAUGCUUAACCUCUUCAGCUCUCAAAACGCUCAUGAAAAUGGCUUCUUUCUCUACUCUCUCUUCUCCUCUCAUCUCUUCACCUUCCCUUCACUUUCUCUUCUUUUCCUCUCCCUUUCAAUGCCCACCAAAAAUGCUGGACAACCUCAUUUCUUCACCAAUUUCUUAAACUCUUCACAACCACCGUCACAGUCAUCUUCCUUCUCGAGAAAGACCUCUAGAAAUUCGUUUUUUGUUCUUAGUAUUUUGUUUUGCCUGCGUAAACUGAAAUGCCCAUUUUGUUUUUCUGAUGAUUCUGUUAGUUGAGUCGGUCAAAGCCAUAUCUUGGUGCUGCUGGAUGCUUUAUAACUUGGAUUUCAGUUCCCUUGACUUGGUUUCUGAUCUGCUCUCAGAUCUUCAAAGCUUAGAUUGUUCUCUCUUCUGGUCAGUUUUCUCCGGCACCUACUUGUUUGGUAGACUCCUUUGAGUUUGAGUUCAAACUUCGGUGUGGCUUCUAGGGCUUAUCGAAUUUCAUGACUGCAAACCAAUCUGUGCUUUGAUUAGAUUUAUAACUCUUUAGACCCUUUUUGAACUAUUGCUGAGGAAGUGAUUUUGAAGAAACCGAGGUAGUUGGUUGGCUUCCUCAAUGUGUCUCACUUUUUAGUUAUGUGGAGCAUUCUAGCCACCUGAUUAGAGUUUCUGAUAUGGUUUUGUUGCUUAAGCUAUAUUGCUAUUAUGGCAUUCAGUCAAAUUUGUGACCUUUUACUUCUUGUUGCUUUAGCUGUUUUGCUUUUGGGCAGAUAAAUCAUGGCUGUGCUAGGGUUAACCGCUUUAGAACAACAAUAUAUUGUAAUUGUAGCUUAGUUUGAAAAUAGUGCGAUCCAACUAUUUAAGCAUCCAUUGGAUGGGAUUUUAAAACUUUGCCAGUACCAUUGAGCAUUUUGGCUAUGUAAAAAGGAUUAUCACCGGGUUUCUGGUGUUUUAUAUGCUCCCUCUUGGUGCCUUCUGUCAACAUGACCGGAAGUGGUCACUGUUUCGUGGAAUGGAAAGAGCAAUUUGUUUCCCAGGAGCGGGGAAACCGUGUGGUUCACUAUUUCCUAAAGGACUCUGCUGGGGAAUCUAUUCUUGCUGUUGUGGGCACUGAGAGGAGUGUUAGGCACAUGUUCUAUGUAGUUGCUGAGGAGUUUGUGCAGGCUUAUGGCGCUGACAAUUCAAUUCAUGCUGGUUUCAAAUGGAGGUCAAGAAGGGAGGUCGUGGAUUGGCUUACGUCUAUGUUAUCAAAGCAGCAUCUACAGGGUGACCGGUCCAAAUCACCAAAAUAUGAUUCACUGCAAACUUCAGAAUCUCCUCAACAUACCUUGAAUGGAUUUAGUGCUCAACAUACACAGGGCCGGCUUUCUAGGAGCUUGACUGGACACAAUUCGGACAUCGUGUGGUCAGGUGUUCCAUGGACAUGUGGAAAACAGCUCAAACACUACCCAGCUUUCUGUAGAAAUGGGGUGAGAAUAGUGAUUCAGUCGUUUGUUUUUGUCAUGGCUAAAGGAGAGAAUCAUUAUCUUGCUUAUUUAGAAGAUAUGUAUGAAGACAAGAGGGGACAAAAGAAGGUCAAAGUGAGGUGGUUUCAUCAUAACCAGGAAGUCAAGGGUGUGGUUCCUCUAAGAAAUACUCACCCAAAAGAAGUUUUCAUCACACCUUAUUCACAGGUCAUUAGUGCAGAAUGUGUUGAUGGUCCUGCUACAGUCUUGACAUUGGAGCAUUAUGAGGAAUGCUUGGCUUCUUUUCCUAAUGCUUUAUCAACCAGAACGCAUUUGUGCUUUAGGCAGUUCAGAAGCAAUAAAGUAAAGCCCUUUGAUUUGAGCAAAUUGCGUGGGUACUUUGAUCAACCAAUUCUUUCUUGUUUGAACUCCAAACCAUUUUCUGGGGCUGACUCUAUAGGCCUAGACAAUGGCCUAGCUGGUGAAGAAGAUGAAGAAUUGAGUCUAAAUGAGAAUGUGAAAUUGGGAGCCAAGAGAACCAGAAGUGGUAGAGGGAUUGAAACUUUUGCGAGAGAUCAUUCAGGAGUUGGAAUUUCUGGAAGCCAGAUGAUGACUUUGGAGCCUUCAUGUUUUAAUCUAAGAUAUGGCAUGCCAGGCAAGAGAUUGCUUCCACUCAAGCACGUUGAGUCUCAGAAUCCAUGUAGCCCACUAUUUAAGGUUGAUGAAAAGAUAGAAUUAUUGUGCCAAGAUAGUGGCAUACGAGGUUGCUGGUUUAAGUGUACCGUAUUGCAGGUGUCUCAAAAACGGAUAAAAAUUAAAUAUGAUGAUUUGCGGGAUGAAGAUGAGUAUGGCAAUAUUGAGGAAUGGAUCCCAGCUUUCAAAUUGGCUAUGCUUGAUAAACUUGGCAUGAGGCAUUCAGGCCGGUCAACAAUUCGACCAUCUCCUCCUGUAAAUGAACAAGCAGACCUAGCUUUUGAGGUUGGCUCUGCAGUUGAUGCAUGGUGGAGUGAUGGCUGGUGGGAAGGGGUGGUAACCGGGAUCAACAGUAGCUGUGAUGAUAUGCUGCAAGUUUACUUUCCUGGUGAGAGCUUCUUCUUGAGCAUACACAAAAAGGAUCUGAGAACUUCCAGAGAUUGGGUGGGAAAUCAAUGGAUUGAUAUUCAGGUAAAACCUGAUAUACUUUCAGCCAUAUCAGCAACAUUUAGCCCAGAUGCCAAAAUGUCCAUGUCUUCAACAGUUACCGAGGACGUGAAGCCCAGUGGUUUUGCUUUGUCCUGUACUGAAGUUCCUACCAGUGCUGAACUUGUUAGCAAUAAAGAGAAAAAGCCUGAUGUAGCUACAUUAAUCAGCAACGAUGGCAUCCUAGAUCAUAUGGACUCUGAUGAUAAAGCUGAUGAGGAUGGUAGUAAUGACAUUAAUGUUUGUCAUGAUAAAGUAGGUGAAGUUCAAGACAGUGAUGAAGGUGAUGGUAGAGACAAUAAUGAAAAAACAGAUAUAGAAGCGUUGGAGUCUUCUGAGAAGAAUUGCAAGGCUGUGGAAUUCAUGGGAGUGACAGCAUAAGAUGCUCGAAGCAGGCUUGGAGUGCAUCAUCUCAUGAUUCCCAUGGUGCUACUAAUGUGGGUAGGUUUCAGUUGGUGGUCGGUACGCCUUUGUAAAUAUUAACAUGACAAUGGCAACCCCUCCAACUCAGUUUGGCAUUCAAAAUCAUAGAUGUACAGGAAUUAUAUAUGAUUUUAAAGGUUCUCUUGGUUGUUGUUUACUUGAGAAUUGGACUGGCAUAUGAAUUCCAUUGGUUAAAAGCGCCUAAUGGAGUCAGAUUUCCCAUAGUGAUACCUCAAUGUGCUUCCUGCCUGUAAGUUGUAGCUUGAUGAUGUUGAAAUAACUUAUUAUAUUCUGUUCCCAUUUGAGUA